GAAGAUGGCACUGCGAGCAUGUGGUUUUAUAAUAUUUCGCCGCCUUCUUGGCUGCACGCCCCCACCAGGCAACAUUGAAUACCUCCUCCUGCAGACAUCUUAUGGGGAGCACCACUGGACCCCACCCAAAGGUCACGUGGACCCGGGUGAGGACGACCUGACCACAGCUCUGAGGGAGACCAGGGAAGAGGCGGGGCUCGGGGCGGAGCACCUGCGGGUGGUGGAGGGCUUCGUGCAGGAGCUGCGCUACGAGGUUCGUGGCAGACCCAAGGAGGUGUUGUACUGGCUGGCUGAGCUGAGGGAUCCGGGAACAGCAGUGACUCUGUCCGAUGAGCACCAGGACUACCGCUGGGCCCAGCUGGAGGACGCCUGUGCUCUGGCCGGGUACAGAGACCUGCAGGACACACUGAGAGCAGCACAGACACACUUAGAAGCUCAGCAGGACAAGCAGUGAGGUGUCAGAACGUGGGUGGAAAAGACUGCUUAGCUGGGCUACGUUUGACUUUUUUUUUCCUGGUAAAACCAGGUAAAUACACCGUCCCUUCAUUCAUGUAAGUGGAUUGUAACAGAAAUCUGACUCUUUCUGCUUUGGUCAAAUAUUAAUAUCUAUUGUAUGGUUUUAUGUGGCGAUCUCUUAGUCACAUGUAAGAGGAUUGAAUACAGAAAUCAUCUUUAUGUAAACAUGAAUAAGCUGAUAUACACAAUCAGAGCACAAAUGUUUCAGAAAAAUUAAAUGAAUUGUCCUCUACCUUCCAAUGUGGUCCCAACAAUAAGCACGAUCACAGUUUAAUGAGCGGUGUGUGUUUAUCUGGUUAUUUUUACAGCUGGAAUUACACUCUGCUAUGAUUAAAACUAAAUGUCCUGUAUUCUUCAUUCACAAAAUGUGAAUAAAUAUUAUAUAUGGACAUUGAGUUUUAGGUCCUACCACAAGGUGUCACCAAAAACAUACUUUGAUGAAGUUGCACAGUUAGUUCUAUGAGACCCACACCAGUUAUUGCUUUCCGGAAAUUUAAAGCAAAUAGUGGUUGUAGUUUUAUUAUUCUAGAACUAUUGAUUGUAUCAUUGGAGAGAGGAUGAAAUUAUGAAUCAGUUCUGACUGAAUGGAUCUAUCAUAAACAUAUAAAAAUAUGGACUGGCACAAGGGGGCCGCACGGUGGUAUGGUGGUCAGCACCAUCGCCUUACAGCAAGAGGCUGUGGGUCCGAGUCCCUGGGGGAGACAGGACCUUUCUGUGUGGAAUCUGCAUGUUCUCCCUGUGUCUGUGUGGGUUCUCUCCGGGUUCUCCGGCUUCCUCCCGCCAUCCAAAAACCUGCAUGUUAGGUUGACUGGACAUUCCAA